AUGCCCGAGCAAGGCGAGGCCCCCUAUGACCCCUACAUCCCCAGCGGCCAGGCCGCAUCGCAACAACAACAGGGUGCCGGCGGCAAUGCCCGGACGCAAGCCCUCCAGGCGCAAAUCGACGACACCGUCGGUGUGAUGCGCGACAACAUCAACAAGGUCUCCCAACGUGGCGAGCGUCUCGAUGCCCUCCAGGACAAGACGGACAACUUGGCCGUCUCCGCCCAAGGUUUCCGUCGAGGCGCCAACCGGGUCCGCAAGCAGAUGUGGUGGAAGGACGUGAAGAUGCGCAUGUGCAUCAUCAUAGGCAUCAUCGUCCUGCUUCUCAUCAUCAUCAUUCCCAGUGCUCGAAUUGCUCUUAUUAUUACGCGACUCCCUCCUUUCACCACCUUCACCACCUUCACCACCUUCACCAUCUUCACCAUCUUCACCAUCUUCACCACCUUCACCACCUUCACCACUUUCACCGCACGCAUCGAAAAGCUGCUCCGCUCCGCUCCGCGAUACCACCGCUCAUUUCCGAUCCCCGUCUUCGCCACGACGCGCACGGCCAUCGACGGGAAGCCCCUCUGA